CUUUACGGAACAAAGUUCAUACCUGCGCGGUCAAGGCAGCAAACUGUAAGAACGCCAGCUAUAUUUCAGCAGCCACAAAAUGCGACCGUAAAAACAAGCGCACGAGUGUUGCGCCCGCCAAUUCAGGAGUCCUCGCCGCACUGUGCCCUUGCAGUUUCAUCGCCCACGCUGUAAUGCAAGCGUCCUUGUGCACAACCUGUAGAUGUCGGCCCGUAGCCGGCAGCGGCCCUCGCAGCCUGCCACCGCCGCUGCUCUGCAGCGCCCAGGGCACAGCGCAGGGGAGGCCAGUAGUGGCAGUAGCAGCAGUAGCAGCCUCGCGGCGCGCCCUCCUCGCCACGGCCCCGGGCACCGCCCGCGGCGCCUGCAGUGCCGCAGCAGCAGUAGCAGCAACAGUGCACCAGCACAGCGGCAGCAGCAGCAGCAGCAGCAGCAGCCGGCCCCCGGCACAUCUCCCGCCGCCUCCCCCUCCCUGGUGGUCGACCCCGCCCGCCUGGUUUCGGCGCUGGAGAAGAUUGCGGCGGCCGGGCACAGGCCGGAGCCGCACUGGGUGGACAUGGUCCUGGCCGCCGCCCAGCCCGCGCUGCCGGCGCUGUCGCUGCGGCAGCUGGCCGGCCUGGCCGCCAGCCUGCGGCAACUGCAGCUGCAGCCGGAGCGGGGCUGGGCGGAGGCGCUGCUGCAGGCCUCCGAGGCCGCCAUGCGCAGUGCCGCGCUGCAACGGCGGCCCAGUGCGGCGGCCGCGGCGGAGCUGGUGGCCUGGGCGGCGGCGGACGGGCGGCUGGAGCCGGAGGCGGGCUGGGUGGGGUCGGCGCUGCAGCAGGUUCAGCUGCAGGCGCACCUAGCGCAGGAGGCGCACAUGGGGCACGACAGCGGCGGCGCCGGCGGCGCCGGAGGCGCUGGAGGCGGCGGCCCCCCGCCGCCCUCCUCGCUGCCCUUCCCAAUGCCAGGCACCGGGGGAGAGCCGGCGGCGGCGCAGCCGGGGGCGGCGCUGCUGAGCCCGGGUCAGGCGGCGGACAUGGCGUGGGCGGCGGCGGCGCUGGGGUACAGGCCCGCGGACUCGGUGCUGGGGCUGCUGGCGGCUGCGACGCUGUCAGGCUCCUGGGAGGGGCCGGGGGCCGGCGGCGGCGGCGGCGGCGGCGGUCUGGCGCUGUUGGCUCCGGAGCAGUUGGGUCGACUGGCGUGGGCGUUUGCCACCUACAACUACUUCCCGCCGGACGAGUGGGUGCAGGCCUACUGGCUGGACGGCAUCUGGCGCCGCGACGUGUCGCCGGGCGGCGCCUGCUCGGUGCUGUGGAGCCUGGGCGCGAUGCAGCUGCCGGCGGAGGGGCUGUGGCUCAAACACUACUUCCUCACGACGGCGGGUCGGCUGGUCGAGGUGCCGCCCCAGGGCCUGGUCAACGCGCUGUGGGGCUUGGCCGCCUGCCGCGAGCUGGCGCCGGCCGGAGAGGAACGCGGCGCCGAGGAGCAAGGCGGCGGCGGCGGCGGCGGCUCCGCGCAGUCCGGGCCGUCGGCGCCCGUACGGCCGUCACAGCCAGCCGCGGGCCCCGGGGGUCCCGGGGGUCUCGGGGGUCGCGGCGGCAGGGGCCAAGGGGGGGAGGAGGAGGAGGACGCGGCGGUGCGGGCGCUGAUGGGGCAGCAGCUGGCGGCGCUGAUGGAAAGACUGCUGGCGCCAGCAGGAAGCGGCGGCGGCACGCCGGCGCAGCGGGCGGCGGCGGAGAAGCUGCGAGCCGCACUUGAUCGACGGCUGCGGCGCGAGACGGCGGCGGCGGCGGCGGCGGCGGCGGACGCAGACUCAGCAGGAGCAGCUGGAGGAGUAGCAGCGGUGCCGCCGCCGCCGCCUGCGGCGGCGGCGGCAGCGGCGCGCGAGGUGGCGCAGCCGUUCACGCCUGGGCUUGACGCGGGGCCUGUUCCGGCGGCCUGGGCCCUGGAGUGGUUCGCGGCGACACAGCCGUGUCUUGCCGACCUUGAGCGGCCGCUGCUGGUGAAGGCGCUGUGGGCGGUGGCCAUGCUGGAGAUGCCGCCGCCGGCGGCCUGGAUGGCGGCGGCGGCGGCGGCGGCGCAGGCGGCGGCGGCGGCGGGCGGCUGCGAGCCGACGGAGCUGCUGUAUAUCAGCCGUAGUGCCGACAGCCUGGCGGCGGUGCUGCGGCGGGCGCAGAAGGCGCUGGCGGCGGUGGCGGCGGCGGCGGCGGCGGCGCCGCCGCUGGCGGCGGCGCCGUCAGGGGAAGGCAAGGAGGGGGUCGCAGCGGGCGCUUCGCAGUCGGCUGAGAAGGGGGGCGAGGGGGGCGAGGCGGGUGAGGAUGAGGCGGCGGCGACGCGGGCGGCGGCGGCGGCGCUGGCGGCGGAUAUGGGGGAGGCGCGGGCGGCGGCGGCGGCGCUGGCGGGCGCGGCGUUUGAGGCUCUGAGCCGGCAGCGGCUGCCGCCCAACUGGCGGCGCAUGAACCCGCGCUUCCCGCCCUACGCCCAGCCUAAGCGCCUGAAUAUCGGCGGCGGCGGCGGUGGUGGUGGUGGUGGGGAGGCGUAGCAGCUUGCGUAAGUUGCGUUAGCAGUUGAGGAAUGAGGGAUGAGAAGGCUUUGCCCGGAUGGAUCCGGUUGUGUCGGCACCGCUUGGAGCUGAAGGCUGAUACCCGGUGCGCACAUGGACCUUGCGGCGGCAUGGGCGCAGCAAUGCACCGUGCCGUAGCGGCCAUACUGUAAGGCAGGCGCAGGCAGGGAUAGGUCAGGUGCAAAGCAGAUGCAGGCAGGUGCAAAGCAGGUGCAGGCGGGUGCAGGCAAGGGGUAGGGCAGGUGCAGGCAGGGUGAGGGGCCAGCCCCUGGUGGCUGGUGCGCACCGUGGUCGUCAGGGGCUGUAGUCCUUUAUGGUGUUCUCCCUAGGAAGCACCUGCAUCCCGAAGCACCCCUGUGUCAUGUAAUCAUGUUGACUG